AUGCUGAACACCACUCCACUAAGCAGCACCAUUGAUACUACUAGUACCACUUGUACCGCGCUAAUCCUGCUCCCUUCUCGGCAGCGCCCCGCACGCACACGGUCUCUCCCCGCCCGGAUCAACCUCCCAUCCCAAGCUCUCGCGAGUAUAUCUGAAGAACAUAGCGAUGGCCAUAAUCAUAAUCAUAAUGAUAAGCAAGGUGUAGCUGAACUCCGUAGCCGGAUUCAACGUCCCGGCGCAAAGAAGUCUGAGUAUCUUGAGUCACCCAAUCCCGAACCCCAGUUCAAAUCGAAGUCAACGUCUGGGCCAUUUCUUGGCGCUGAUUCUGACACCACCACUACCAUUGCCACUGGUACUGUCCAACCAAGGCUCUUGUUACAGUGGUCCAAAUCAGACCCGAGUCCAUUGACUAGGAAUCAGCUUGGUGAUAAUACAAGCGCGAGCUCGAAUCCGAAGAAUAAAGCGAAGUUGAGAAUCCGGACAAGAACAAGCUCCUCCUCGCUGUCGUCAAGGUUCAAUUUCGAUCGAGAUUGUGGGAUUUGCUUCGACCCCGCCGUCCGACCAUCCCGAACGAAAUGUUGCGGGAAGGUGUUUUGUGAGGAGCAUUUACAUGACUGGCUUCACGGAUCUUCGAACCGCUGCCCGGCCUAUAGACCUCCUGAAACUAGUAGUGGUCCGAGCCCUGACAGCCCUCGCUCCGCCACGCUCCUCCUAAUGCUCAACGCCGUCAGCCAAUCCCUCACUCAGAAAAUCGCUCGGGGGCUUGCGAGGCGUGAUACAAACCAGGAUUUUGGGUAUGACUCCGCAACGCCCCAUACGGAGGGGGAUUACCUCCGGCUCUGA